AACUACUGCGGCACUUUAGGGCAGGCGCAGGCCGACUUGGAGGGAGAGACGGAGGAAAAGUUAGUCAAGAUGGCAAAACCCGCAGACCCGGAGUGAAGGGGCACCGCUCCCCCAAAAGAUUGCGUCUGUCGCCCGUGCUGAGACAAAGCCAACGAUGCAAACUGAGCAACAAGGCCCUUAAAGAAUAUGCCAGUGAUGCAGAUGCUGAUCUGACAUAUUGUGCGUUGGAAAGCUGACUCAUCAAAUAUCAGUUCCUCUGUGGGUGAGUAAUUAGCUGAGGGCAACUUAUAUCAGCAGUGACAGGACCACCGGCAUCCUUUCAUUAGAGGGCAAAACUCCUGGAGGAUACUUUGUGGAUCAACACAUGUUGACAUCAACCUGAUCACCAUCGUGUUGCUGCCAGAGCUUAGAAUGGCCUCAAGCAGCUUUAACUGAAUCCAUCCAACAUUCAAAGAUCCCAAGAUCCGUCUUCGGUGCUACCCAGAACGCCGGUGGAAGGUUUCUCAGUGAGUCGCUCCUACCCUACCAGCCCCUCCCCAAACCAAAAGCCUCUUUGGGAACUCCAACAGCAGCGCUGCCACCCCGCCAGCUGCCCCUCUCCCAGACCAUGAUGUUUCGCGAUCAGGUUGGCAUAUUAGCCAGCUGGUUCAAAGGCUGGAAUGAGUGUGAGCAGACAGUGGCUCUGCUGUCUUUGCUGAAGAGGGUGAGCCGGACCCAGGCUCGUUUCCUGCAGCUCUGUCUGGAGCACUCCCUUGCAGACUGCACGGAACUGCAGGUUCUGGAGGCGGAUGCCAACAAUCCAGAGGUGAUCAGCCAGUGGCAAAGCGAGCCAAAAGAACGUGUCAUCUCACUUGUCCUCACUCAUUUGCCGCUACUCAAACCGGGCAAUGUCGAAGCCAAGGGCGAGUAUAUGCGCCUCCUACCGCGCAUCCUUGCGCACACUAUAGAACAUGGCCGCCACCUGGAAGAGUCGCGCCAACUCUUAUCCUAUGCCCUCAUCCACCCUGCCACCUCCCUGGAGGACCGUGGUGCAUUGGCCUUAUGGCUCAACCACCUGGAGGAGAGGGCCGCUGCCACGGGAGACUCACUCGAAAGGCCUUCGCCUGCUGGGCCGCAUCACCAUCAGUCCACUCCACCGUCUACCCUUACAUCAUCGGGAUCCUCCACCAACAGUUCUUCUUCCGGUAACCUAUACGCUUUGCAUCAGCACCAGCGCUACGGCUCCGACGAUCGCCUCAAUGGGUGGCAAGGCAGCAGAGAUUCGGGGCUCGGGAGAGGCUGGCAGCAGCAGGGCUGUGAGAAUGGACACCUGCCUCUCUACCCAUCGGCCUCUGUACCAGCAACCAUCAACACAUUAGGAACUGGUGGAGGUGGCAACACCAUCCUAACGAGUGGAAGUGGUAACCAGCCACACAGUCCUCUCAAGCGCUCAGUGUCUCUUACUCCACCAAUGAGUGGCCCGAGCAACCAUCCCAUGGGUCCGGUCUGGCUGUCCCAGGAAGAUCUCCGUAGUAGUAGAGGCCCAGCCCCCGAUCACGCACCCCUCUCCCCCCAAAGCAGCAUUGCUUCCUCAGGCAGCGGAGGAAGUGAACAUCUGGAAGAGGCCAGUUUGGGAGGAGCUUUAAGUCUACAUCGCAGUUCCUUCCAUGAGGAUGGCAGUGGAAUGAGGGAUGUUCCAGCAUGGCUCAAGAGUCUUCGUCUCCAUAAGUAUGCAGCGCUGUUUUCUACCAUGGCCUAUGAUGAAAUGAUGUCACUUACUGAAGAGCAACUGGAGGCACAGAAAGUCACCAAAGGAGCAAGACACAAGAUUGUUAUUAGCAUUCAAAAGCUAAAAGAGAGACAAAACCUGCUGCGCAGUCUCGAAAAGGAUGUGUUAGAGGGCAGUAAUCUUCGUGUACCACUGCAAGAACUUCAUCAGAUGAUCAUGACGCCGAUCAAGGCUUUUACUGGCGGCGAGGACACUUCCUUGCAGCGCCCGACCAUGAAUACAGAUUCCAAAAGCUCUACACCCGGGUCCCACCUUGCUGGAGGAGGUGGAGAAGCCGAGGCAAGCUCAAGUGUCAUUGCAGAGGGAGAUCUACCAAGCCAGUUCACUCGUGUUAUGGGCAAAGUUUGCACUCAGCUACUGGUUUCAAGGUCAGAUGAGGACAGCAUCAGCUCCUACCUACAACUCAUUGACAAGUGUCUUAUACAUGAGUCCUUCAGUGAAACACAGAAGAAGAGGCUGUUGUCAUGGAAACAGCAGGUCCAGAGGCUGUUUAGAUCCAUUCCGAGAAAAACACUCCUUGACGUUGCAGGUUACCGAACACAGAGGAGCAGUCGCGGGUUUGGUCAAUCCAACUCCCUCCCGACCACAAGCUGUGUUGGAAGCAGUGUUAUGGCACGAAGAAGCCUUCGGCAGUUCCAGAUGCCCUCUCGGAGUUUACCGGGUGCAAGACUCGGCCUGCUCAGCAGCAGUGGCCUGCUGGGACCCACACCUCGCAGUAGCAGCAGCACACCCACAGGCCCCAAGCAGGGGAGACAGGGUCUAUGGUUCGCCAACCCUGGGGGUAGCAACAGCAUGCCUAGUCGAACCCACAGCUCUGUGCAACGGACCCGCUCCCUGCCGGUUCAUACAACACCGCAAACUAUGGUCAUGUUCCAACAAGCUGAUCUUCAGUUGCCUGUUACGGAGCCGGACAUCAACAAUCGUCUUGAAUCCUUAUGUUUGAGUAUGACAGAGCACGCAUUGGGAGAUGGUGCCGAUCGCACAUCGACAAUAUGAAAUGAGGACCUGGGUGAGAGCAGCGGAACCGCAUGGCGGGACACUUCCGGAGGCCCUCUCACAACAAGCCACCCUGAGGUCAUCUGCCCUCCAGUGCCCUCGUCCUGUAGCCAAAGGUAGAGCUCAACCCAGGGACUGGGAGGCCUCCAAGAAACACAAGCCAACACAUUGGCUGCGUCCAUGUGGUUGGGAAACACACUUCCUGCUAUGACCCUCACCAUCUCAUUCCUGAAAGCACCCGGGGAGAGGAAAGUAUCCAACGUAGGCUGGACAGUGGGUGACCAGAGUGAUCAGGUCAGAAGCAGUACACCAGAGAUGCUGGGAUGGGGGAUCGGGGCCCAGUGAAACCCCAGCCUCAGUUUCCCUCUUAGGAUCCUCAUGUAUACACCUUGAGUGCUUGUGGCAUUUUCCACAUCUGUUCCAGAACCUGGAACCCCCAAAAUGAGACAAGCAGAUGGAUGGCAAGCAUUCGGGAAAGGCCCAUAUUGCUCAGUGUUUGAGCAUCAAACAAAACAGAUUGUCAAUGACGGACGAGUCUCUAUUGUUUACACGAUGACGCUAUUUUCAAAGGGUACAGAAACAAAAAAAAGGAAUCGGCUUUGAAUGUUGAAGAGUCCCGUUAUAAAGCUACAUCCCGUGGGUAGCCAUCACGCUAGUUUACAAGCUUACCGUUGAUGAAAAAAAUGUACCAAUCGAGAGAAAGAAAUGGUGGAAGGAGGUGACGGACGGGGGGUGUCGGGAAAGGUGCUGAAGGUUGAAGGGACUGAAUGGGAAAGUGAGGAGGGAUUCUUGCGAAAAGGGAAACGCGAACGUUUGUUAGGAGUAAGACAUCAGAGGCGGGACCUCUGGUGGCCUUCAAAUGACUAGAGGGAGGGGACGUCAUGUCCUAUCAUGUCGUCAGUUUGUCUUGCGAGUUGAAGAGGAAGUGACCAGUCAGUUGCGUCUUGUUUAUCUCGAGCUUGUACUGUAUGAGCUCUGAAUUCAGAUCGUUCGGGAAGCCUUGAAAGAGGGAGAAGGCGUCCGUCGUAUAAGUGAAGCGCAAGACAUGCGGGCCGGGCCGUAUUACGAGUGGGAUUUUCUAACGUUUGUUGUCUGUGUUUUGUUAAACCUUUGUUAAACAAGGGUGAUUGAAUCUGCAUAUUGCAACUAUGUAUCUUCCUUGGAGGAAAGUGAGGAGUCAGGAAAAUGGGCAAACGCUUCACACCGAUCAGUCCAUGAAGGGUUGCCGAACCCGGAGACUGUCCCAACUAGAGGUCGCACCACCUUCACCCGUUGAGGCGCGCGCUCGCCCGACCGCUCCAAAGAGGCCAAAGACAGUUCCUUGGGCAACAUUUAUCGAGGAAUUCUAUCUUUAAAUAUCGCGUCUUAUCAAUAUCGGCUGACCAGGAUUUCAUUGUCAUAUUUCGUUUGGAGAAACGACGUCUGGAAUGCAGACGAUAUUCAGUCAAGUUUUUAUAUUGAAAUGUGGUUAGGAAACACUAACGACGGGCGCUCAAAGUCAUCUAACGAGAGACGUUUCUUUGUUAGCAUUCUUCUGUUCCGAGUUGUGAGUUUUGCCGUUGCAUAAGAGCACAGUACUGCCUUUGUUCCCUGCACUUGAUACGAUAAUGUGAUGACACUAACAUCCAAAUCGACACGGCUCAAGCGCCAACGGCGGCCAUUUGGAGUCAAAGCCAGCUUCGAUCCCCCCACCCACACGUCCGUCUUGACGUCGGGUCGUGUCCGUCAACUGUGUGCCGAAUCAGAACACACGGGUCAGGACCAAAGUGGAUUUUUGCAUGCACGGGCCCCCGCCCCAUGUGUUUUUUUUUUUUUUUUACUUCAACUUGAUGUCGCGUCGUUGGACAACGGAGCUUCGAACUGUUGUGCUGUUUGGUUGGCAGUCCUUCAGAAUGCACUUCAUAGCGCCACGGAUGCUGUGAAAUUGCAAAGCGGAGCAACGGGGAACUUGAAUACGCCGAAAGUGCGGCGCGUGUCAUGUUUGCUGUCAGAGUUGCUUGGUGGGUGACUUUUCCUUUUCUGAAGCGGGGGCCUCGUGGUGCCUCUUGUUAGGAUGAAAAGUCUGUCGUCCACACACACUCGCACAUGCGCUAUCGUCAGCGUGCGCGAUGAUGAUGAUGAUGCGCCUGCAGAUUAUGUCUCAGUGUUUGUGGCUGCUCCGCGUCAAGAGCACUUCGGUUGUUCACUUGCAAGCUUCCACCAAGGCACGAAGGUGAGAUCCUUGAUGUGCUUUUUUUUUUUCAAAGCAUUGGUUAUUUCAUUCAUGAGCAGGAAGCCUCUUGAUCCCGGUGUCCUUCGCCAUAUGAUUCAAUACUUACAGAAAAUACUCUUAUUUAUUCUUUUCUUUUUUUUGUCUCUGAAUUCAUUUAUUGUCGCAGAGGUCAUACUUUUACUCAGUUAGGUAUGUUAUUAUUUAAAGUACAACAUGUAUUAACAAGUUAUGGCUGGUAACCAUACAGACAUCUCAGAUAUUAACUUUUUUUUUUAAAUGGAUGUUUCUAUGUUGCUCUAUAAUCGUGUUUGCGUCUUUCAGUCUAAUAUAAAGAUUUUUUUUUAACAUGUGUAAAGCUUUGGUGAUCAAGCUGAGAGACCAGAAGCCGCUCCGCUACUCGUACUUCAGCGUACAGUACAUGUUCAGUCACACAGGAUCCAGAGGAGAGCACAGGAAGAUGAUCUUAAGCCGUACAUUGUAUCCGCAAAGUAUUCACGUUGAUUCCAUUAUUCCAGAUUUUGUUAUCUUACAGUCGUAUUCCGCAAAAUUCGACACCCAGGGCCACUCAAUGAGAACAAAACAAAAAAACAUAUGUGACUUAAGUCUUCACAGCCCUGUGAAGACUUAUGGGGGACAUUGUGGCCUCCGCAUACCUUUCCUGAAAUUGUCCUGAGGACACUCUUCUGAUAUCUUGGUCUGCUUCUGGGAAAAGAUGAGCUGCCGUCCCAUUCUGAAAUUGAGAUACAGCGCUCGGGAGUGUGGGUUUUUUUUCAUCCGUCCAUGGAAUCGUUCUCCCCUCAAUCCCAACUAGUUCCUGCUUUAAAAAACAUCCGCACAGCGUGAUGCUGCAACCUUCACUGUCGGGAUGCUCUUGGCCAGGUGAUGGCGGCCUCCGAUUUCCUCCAAGCGUGGGCCCUCAUUCACUCAUGCACAAAUGUGGAAUGUUCGUAGUCUGCGGACAAGUUUUGAACCUCCUCUGACAACGCGUACACCAAAAUAAUGAUCAACUUUCAAAAUAAUGUCUAGCUGGCGCCAGCAUGGUUGCUCGUGAUGUACAGUAACUCCAACUGGCAUAUGGCUCUUUUAUUUUCCGUCACUUCUUAUGCAAGUAGAAAAAUGAGAUCAUUUCAUGAAUUUCAUCAAUGACAAAAGCCUCUUUGCUGUGCUCAAAUUUGUUCUUUAGAAUUUAUUUUAACAACCUAUGCGAUGUUUGUCAUUGCGUGAGCUUAAUUUGUUUUUCUAUAUCCAUAUUUUGUGCCACAUACUCUAAUUUAACUUUCUUAAAUUUGUAACAAAUUAAAAAUGGCUCAGAUCAUAUACAUUGGGUGUUUCUUGUUCACUAGAACCUGACCAAUCAAAACACCGGUCUGGGUCAAAAACGAAACUAAAUAUUUUCUAGAUCAGUUCUUCGCACUGAAGACAGCGGUCCCAUUCAUUUUGCCCCAUAUGCCUCAAUUUUUAUCUUGCACGCUAUUUACAAUUUUUUUUGGGGGGGGGGGGGUUGCUUGGCUACUAGCUAGUGACUAUUUGCUACUCCAACUUAGCAUUAGUCAGUAUAUGUAUUUACCAUUUUGGCCCGAAGAUAAGACGGUGUUUUAUUCGGGGUCCAGACGCUCUAACCAUUCACGACGCUAGAUGGCGCCAGAUAUCUUUAACGCGAAUGCUGAACUUGACUACCCUGGCCAAAGCGAACCUCUGUCACGAAGAAGAAAAAAAAUAGCCUUAAGAAAGAAAAUAAUAGAAGAGAUAACAGAAAAUGGAGAAACGUAGCGACAAUCUGGAGAAAAGUGGGUCGAAGAUCGGCCAGGUCAACCGGCAGCUGAAGGGGAAGUUACAUUUCAAAAACCAGAAGCCAUUCAUUUACGAAUGUGAUUGCACUUUAGUUUACAUAUUUAAAUGUUCAUAUAUUGAGAUUUGAAUUAGGCAAAAUGACAUGCUUUUUCUCUCAAAUAUAUUGUUAGAAUAAUUUGUUUCAGAUGUACUGCAAUUAUUUGCUGUAUAAAAAUUAAUUUGGUGUUCAAAAAGUCUUUUUUCAAACUUGAGUCUUGAAAAAGAUGGGGUCGUCUUAUAAUCGGGGUCGUCUUAUAUUCGGGCCAAUGUGGUGUGUAUAUAUAUAUAUAUAU